UUUCAUUUUGUGAUGCUGUAUCAACUCAGGUUCAUCAUUUUUCCGAUGCAAGUGAAGCCGGGUAUGGUGUAUCGAGUUACCUGAGGCUAGUCGAUAGUAAUGGCGUAAUAAACUGCUCAUUAAUCUUAGGAAAAUCGAGAGUAGCACCCCUGAAGAAGAUUUCGAUUCCACGUAUGGAAUUAACUGCAGCAACAAUUGCGACCAGGUUAAACAAGAAGCUUAUUGAUGAACUCAAGUGUCGGAUUGACAAAGUGUAUUUUUGGACAGACAGCACAACUGUGCUGAGGUACAUUUCAAACGAUGCAACAAGGUUUAAAACCUUUGUGGCUAAUCGCGUGUCAGUUAUUCGCGAAGCUACAUCUGUUGAUCAAUGGAACUAUAUUUCAUCGAAAGAAAAUCCGUCGGAUGUUGCAUCACGUGGUUGUAGCGUUAAGACUCUUAUGAAUGACAAUAAUUGGUUUAAAGGUCCAAGUUUUCUACAGGAUGAUCAAUCAACGUGGCCUAGUGGUAAAAUUCCAAACAAUUUGGAUCAAGAUGAAAUCAGCGAUUCAGAAAUUAAACGUGUUGUGACUGUAACUGUUGAACGUGAAAGUCCAAUUGACAAACUUGUUAAACAUUAUUCUAACUGGAAAUGUCUUGUGCGUGCUGUAGCGCUAUUAAGGCAGUGCGUCAGAUGGUGUCGAAAUAAAUUAACUAGCUUUACAUUGACUGUCGAAAAUUUGGAGGAAGCCAAAUCAUGUAUUGUCAAGCAUGAACAAUUAAAGUUCUUAGGCGAAAUUGUCGAAGUUUGUGAACAAAACAAUCAAGAACAUAAAGCCAAACUUUUAAGGUCUAUAAAUGUGUCAAAAUUAGAUCCGUAUGUUGCCAACGGUGUUUUACGGAUCGGUGGACGAUUGCGCAGAGCAGAUAUUUACAUAAAGCGUCGCUGGCGUCAAGUUCAAUAUUUAACUGACAUAUUCUGGAAACGUUGGAUCCAUGAGUAUUUGCCAUGCUUACAGGAGCGCCAAAAGUGGUUAUAUCCAAAACGAAAUGUGGAAAUAGGUGAUAUUGUGCUUGUAAUUGAUAGUAAUAUCAGAAAUUCGUGGGCCUUGGCUCGUGUUAUAAGUGUUAUUACUGAUAAAGGUGGUUUAUCGAGAAUAGCAACAGUUAAAACCAAAAGUGGUAUAUUGCAACGCCCAAUUUCAAAGUUGUGCUUAGUGUUAGAAUGUGACGAAAAGUUAUAAGAACACAAUUUGUGUUAAAAUCACAAUACUCCGUCCAUAAAUAUGGAUAUGUGAAAUAAAUUUCAGUAUUAUAAUAUUGAAAAUCAUAAUCAGUGAAAUGCAUGUAUGUAAGACUGUAAAUAUUUAAAAUACUUUGGAAUGCUGUAUUGUUUGAUUAGUUAUUGCAAUUAGUUAUUAGUUAAGGCUUUGUAAUUGCUACUCUAGUUUUGUCAAUUAGUUAUUAGUUAAGGUUUUUUGUAAUUGCUACACUAUGUUUCGUCAAUUAGGAGGCCGGAAUGUAGACUUCACACAGAGAUGACAGUGGCGGAGUUGACCAUUGACGCCUCUCCAGUAGGUCUCGCAUAUAGAGCUCAAGAGAAUAGUCCGAGUACGCAGAUACUAAUGACGUAUUACGUAAUUAUUCGCACGAGGUCUUUGGUAAGCCUUUGAUGUUGCAAACACGCUAGUCUAGUUCCAAUUGAAAUUUACAGUUUUGGUAGGACACAAUUUGGUAUGUAAACUAAAUUUAUGUUGAAAAGAUAGAUAAAACGCCUCUCUUUAGUUUGCCAGCUAAGUCAUAUAUUUAAGUACAUUUGUAGAUUUAUUAGAAUGAUAUUUGUAUGCUGCCCAAAUGUAGCAAAUUGGCAGCCAUAUUACUUCAUACCCGCCAUAUUGAUAGUAGUAGCAAUUCAUUUACGAAAUGAUGAGUUUGCCUGUCUGUUAUUUCGUAUGAAAACGAAUUUGUAUUGAUAAUUGAUCGAUGUAACUAUGAUUUACGUCUAAGCUGUGUCUGUGAAGUGUAUAGUAAUUAAUGUAAACUUUGUUGGAAGUCUAUUAUUUGACAGUACGCAAAAAGGCCUAAAUUUUAGGGACAGUCUAGUCCACGACAGAUUAAGUUAAGAUUUUUAGAUGUUGAUGUGUGUUCUUAUUGUUGCUUUUGUCUCGUUGCAGCUAAUAUGUCUAUGUUUGUACACUUGUAAGUGUAUUCCAUGCACCAGACAAUAUUGAAGUUAUAAUGUCAUAAUUUAGAACUUGAAUAAUGUCUUUGCUGAUGUGAUGUUAAAAUGAUGUUAUUCUGAGUCUGCAGAUCAGAUCUAUAUCUUAUUGACCUGUCAUAUUAUGAGAUGGAUGUUCUGAAAUAUUAUCGUCAUUAAACCUUGUCAUAGAGUAAA